AUGGUUCCGAUUGUGUUGCCCGUCAGGCACGACGCGCAACCCCGUCCGGGCCAGGGAAUGCGUUCGACAAAGACGGGGAGGUCUGCGAGCGAGCCAGCGGCGAGAGGGUCAAAGAAGAAACCCUCAGUGAGGGCGGACAAGCGAGUUGGUUAUUCGAUCGUCAAGGAGGCUCCUAAAGGGACGGGCGCGAGCAAAGACGAGCAGCAGGAAGAUGUUGCGAGAUGA